GGGCGGAGGGAGGAGAGGGGGGUGUGGUGGGUUGCGUGUGUGUAUGGGUACCGUGGUUCAAGAGAGUUGUCUUAGCGGCUAAUACAUACGAGAACCUGCCACCCAGUCCUUCCAAUCCGUGUAUCGCCUGAAGCCAGAGCCCAGAGCUCACGGUUUUGUAGAUCCAAGUUCCAACCGCCGUCCGCUGGCUGUCCGCUCCGCAGCGACAGGCUUCAGCGCAGUCAAAACGCAGAUAUGCCGGCCCCGAACCACGGUCUUGCGCGCCUUUGGUACCGCCAGCUCGUAGAAAUAAGUAGUAUAUAAUACUGCGCCCGCUCUGCAGUGUGUGCAAGUAGAUCUAGCACGCUUGUCUGCACUCUCGGCCUUCAGAAUUUCGAGAUCUAAGCCCCGGACUCUUGAGACUUACGCUUUUGGUGAGGAUUUCCUUGUGCCUGGGUGUGGGCUGUGCAGUGAGUGCUAAUAAUUGAAUAGACUUUACACACACGCAAACACACACACAAUGCGUCUCCUCACCCUCCUCGUCGGCGGCUUCGGAAUGGCUGCGGCGUUUAAGCUACCACCAAAUGACGCGACCCCAAACCGUGGCGACUUGGCCCCAUGCCUCGUAGAAUGCAUAGACGCACACUACGACUACCCCUUUUGGACGAGCGGAAGGAAAGAUUUCUGUGCAAACGACUGGAAGUCGCAGACGUAUAAGUGGCUAGGCUAUACCGUUUCGCCAUGCUCUGUGCACCAGUGCCUGGGCAAGAAGGAAGCUGUCAAGUCCUUCCAGGACUUCAUGUUUGCCUUCUGUGGACGCAAAGUCUUCGGUCCUGAUUAAGUGUCUUUGUUAUAGGCGGUGCAAAGGCGGUUUGGUAGCGUUUGCUCGUUUGUUUCUUUGUGUUGUGAAAGAGUAAUUCAUGCAUUUGCGUGGGUCUGGGCCCUGUCUUAUCUUAUUUGUUCUUAGGGAUUAUGCAUGUUUGGCGAAGUGGAG